UUUUCUUGACGUGAAUGACUGCAGACGACACGAACGCAUAAGGCCCGCCCACAAACUACCUUGCCAUUACCCCGUCACAACGCACCUCACCUCAUGGACUUACUGACUGCUAUUCCUGUUCAACAGUUCAAUCAUACGUGAACCAAAAAAACAAACACUCCACUUAAAUAUAGCGAUAUCAUACAAACUUAUUAUCCAAUAAAAGUAGGUGAACAAACUAACAUCCUAAACCACUAGCUACUGGCCAGAAAAUUGAGGGAUGUAAUCUUCUCAUUUUCUUGACGUGACUUGAUGUAAUAAACGUGAGUAAUGAGUAGCGUUGCUUUGUGAUUGAGGACAUUUUACAACUAAGCCCUAUAAUCUUUACUACAAUACUAGGCAUCAGUGCAUCUAAGCGCCAGAUUUACUUGAGAAAGAGUGGGAAGGAAACCUUGUAGAUACAGAGACGGAAGAAGGACAUAGAAAGAAUAAUCGACAGAAACGCAUUAUACAGACACUAGCUGAGAUGGAGAAGUGCGAGAUCAGCUCAUCACAGCUCGAAUCGUCUUUGCCUUAUCCAAGUUCAUUCACAUCAGUUAUAUUAUGUGUGAUAACUCUAUACCUGGUGUACCGCCUUUUCCGUUCUCUACGGGAAAAGAAGGAUGAUGGAAGACGGUAUCCUCCUGGGCCCAAGGGACUGCCCCUUAUAGGUUCACUUCUCGAUUUACGCUCCGAUGUUUUGAUGAAAAUGAAGCGAUUCGCCGACGAGUAUGGCAGCAUUUACACCAUAAACUUGGGACCGACAAAUCUGGUGGUUCUCAACAAUAAAGACGUCAUCAAGGAGGCCUUUGUGACCAAUGCUGCAUGUAUGAGUCAUCGCCCACAAGUCAUGUUCGAUACUCUGAAACAAUCACAAGGAAUCAUCCUGAAGCAACCAGGUGACUUACAUCGCAAAAACCGGAACUUCCUCUCCACUGGCUUUCGUAUGAUCAAACUGGGAGUUCCAGAGUUUAGUUAUCACCUCCACCCCCACAUUGACAACUUCAAAGACAAGUUGAUAGCUUCAAAGGGCCAGCCACUACCCAUCUGUUCAACCAGUCACCGUCUCCUUUUUGAAAUCUUCACUGACUUGAUGCUAGGUGAGGUGCCUGAUCCUAAUUCCGAGAAGGUCAAUAAACUAUUGGAUAUCCUCUACAUAGCGUUGUCACCGAAUCCCAUGUUGGCGUUAGUUGGGAAUCUGAUUCCAAAUUGGGUCAAGUCCGCUCUGAGCGACUGGAUCGACAUGGCAGACUGUCUUGCCAAGGUAACUCGUUAUCUCAAAGAACAUAUCCACCAGCACAGAGAAACCUAUGAGGGUGAUCCUACAAACCUUAUCAAUGCAUUCUUGCACAAAGAAAAGCUCGAGUUGGAGAAAACCAGCAAGCUAAGAGAGGAGAGUAGCAGUGGAGGGGACAGUGACACUGAGAUUGAGAAAGCUGCCAUUGGGACAUCAUUCAUGGUGAAUGACCAGGAAGAAAAUGAGAAAAGCCUUGCAGCUAUUUUGUUGGAUGUCUUUCAGGCUGGAUGCACCAGUGUAGUUGCUUCUUUGCAGUGGCUUUUGCUAGACCUAGCUAUUCAUCAAGAUGUUCAAGACAAACUGAGGAUGGAAGUCGACAGAAAUGUUGAGCAAAGAAACCAGCGCCCCUCUCUCCUCUUAAGGAGCGACAACUUUCCGUACACCAAGGCAGUCAUGCUGGAGAGUAUACGCCUUCACCCUCCUGCCCCGCUGGGUGCCCCACACUGUGCUGCACAAGACACCAAACUUGCUGGUUAUGACAUCGAUAAGGGCACCAUCAUCCUCCCAAACUUCCUCAUGGCCUUACAAGACUUCAACCAAUGGGAAGAUGCCUGUGACUUUCGGCCAGAACGUUUCCUCAAUGAAGACGGGACCCUUGCAACAAGAGAGACCCUUGGAUUUUCUAUUGGUCCUCGUCAGUGCCCGGGAAAGCUUUUGUCAAACACGGUGAUCAGUUCCAUCUUGACCGAUGUCAUACAAGACUUUACACUUCAUCUUCCGCCAGAUCACAAUUUCUCCCUCAAGGGAAAUCCUGGAAUCAUCUACAAUCCUCAACCUUUCUCCAUCAUUGCUAAGCAACGCACAAGUUGAUCCACAGACAGCAAUCGCGAGGAACAUCUAGGAUAAUCUAUAGAGAUUGUGUUACAAGUGAACACUUUCCUGAUUUACUCUAGACUUAUAUCAGUGGUAUAGAUGUACAUGUUUUAAUGUAUUAUCAUUAGCAAGUGUAUUCAAGAAAUUCUUAGAGGUGAAAUCUCAGUUUUAUGAGAGCAUAACCUCAGACUCACUCGUCAAUUAUGUUUUAUUUUAAAGUCUUUUAUUGUUAAGAGGACUUUUUUUCUUCUUCUUUUAUGUUUAAUGACAGUCUCAAAAGUAUAGAAGAUAAACGUAUGUUCUUGCUUCAAUAGCACACCUUCCUCUUUGAAGUCAUGUGUGCUAUUGGAGCAAGAAUAAUAUAAUAUAAUAAAAUAUAAUGGAGAAUAGGGAUACAUUUGCAAUUUAGGACUAAAUGAUCAGAAUAGUGAUUGAGCAUUGUUGCCUUUCAAACAACUUGAAUUUGGUAAUAAUAGAAAAGCCAGAAUAAGAGUUUGCAGAGAGUUUGAACAAAUAGGAAAUUUACGAAUGUUUGAAUGUUGAGAUCACCAAAUGUAUAUGAAUCUCAACUUACCCAUUUUGUUGUACACUAAAAUAUCAUGAAUGUUCAGUUUUCUGACAAAAGGCAUACAUCACAUGUGCUCCAAAAGCAAAAAGUUCAAUUUUUUUUUCUUGGUGAAAAUGAGAGUGCUGUCAGAAACUGCAUCAUAAUGAUGUUGCCAAAUUGCCCAAUUUGAAACUUCAAUAUUGUCUGCUCAGAGCCAUAUGGGCGUUAACUCUUUGUCAAAGUUUGUGAAUUAAUGCCCUUUUGGCUCUAAACAGAUGUUAUGUAAAACAAUUGCAUGUAAAAAGAAAAUACCUGAUCAUACCUUCAGUUUUUCUGUGAUUGUUCAAAAUUUCAUUAUAUGGUGUCUUUGCUUUACCAGCUUCCUUCACAGCCAGUGGCUAUAAAGGUUGUACAUGUACUUCCUUUUUCACAUUUUAAAACCCACACACACAAUAAUCUACUCCCACUUUUUUUUGAAGGGUUUCAUUGAUCAUCCAUCUAAUCAACAAGGGAAGCUAAAAAGCUAACAAGAAAGAAAAAAGAAAUUGAAUGAAAUCAUCAUUAGGGAAACUUCCUCAUCGCCGAAAAAGGGAUUUACAUAUUUAUUAUGCAUUCAUUUACAUUUUACAUUUUAGCUGGAUGAAGCAAAUAUAUGCAGUACUUGAGCUAGUUUAAUGGCUACAAAAAAAGAUAUAUAUUGCAUUACUUGCUCUUUAUAAGAGUGACUGUUAUUGUACGGUUAAAUGCAUAUUUUAACUUUAUCUCCAUCUUAUCUGAUUUGACUCAUUUCUGAUCAUUUUAAUGCAUGGUAGGGUGUGGGUGAAAAUCUAUGUAAACAGGACGAUUGAUCAUUGAAAAACGAAAAUGAACAUCAGAAGAAUGAUGGACUUGUCUUUUCACGAUUGAAAGUAUUAAUUAUUUGUAUUCAAAUCUAUAAUCCUUUAAUUUCAACAUUUAUUAUAUUUAUGAUAUUCAACGAACCAUUUAUGUAUUGAUGUUUACUCUCAUCCAAAACCAGUCCACUAUUAUUUACUUGCUUGCAGAAUAAGUGAUAUAACAUUAUUAUAUACUUGAAUUGUUGAGAUAAUAAUCAAAUACUUGUUCAUAAUUUUACAGAUUGUAAUUCCCUCAGUCAAUUUGGCAUUAGAGUAACAACCUUAUCCACACCAUGACAAAUAUUUGUGAAUUUAAUCCCAAAUCAGACUUUAACAACAAAACAAAAAUCAUUUACCUUUAUAUUCUGUUGGUAUUUCAUGCAUGUUUUUGUGAUUGUACAAAGUGUGUGUACAGUGUUCAGAUUCCAAGUUAUUUUCUAAUUUUUGUAGUAAGCGCAUACCGUUUUCCGCCAACCGUUCAUGAACUGUAUCGUUUUGAAAUACAAACCACAAGCAUACUUUAAUGUUCAAAAUUUCACCGUUGGUCAAACAGUUUUUAAGCGUCAAGUAACGCCUGGCUGAAAUGCUCCCAAGGGAGUGGAGGUUGUGCACACUGUGUGUGCGGCAAGUAUUGAAUCCAAUGACCGUAGUAAAAUUAUAUCUUUAAAGCGCUUAGAGACAUUUGUAUUAAUUGCUAUAUUAAAGCAGAAUAUCAUUAUUAUUAUUAUUAUAGAAUUGCCAUGUUUUUCGUGUAAAAGGUUAAAAUAGUAUCUAUGAUAAAGUAUAUCUUAUACAAAAGUA